CUCCAGCUGCGCGCAACAUCCCGGCAAGCCUCUGCUACACUUCCGUCUUACUUGCGAAGCCACCUUCUCUUGCUUCGUACAACUCCGAGCUAUCCCUCAACGUAGUUUGCGCGCAUAACGACACAACUGCGCCACUACAAUGGCUUCGCGACUGGUGCUGGUCUUAGGCGACCUCUUCAUACCAGACCGAGCUUCAGAUAUACCGGCGAAGUUCAAGAAACUCCUCGCACCCGGAAAGAUCGGCCAAAUUCUCUGCCUAGGCAACAUAACCGACCGCGAAACCUACGAGUUCCUGCGCGCCAUUGCACCCGACCUACAGAUUGUAAAAGGCGACUUCGACGUGGAAGCGCCUAAUCUCGCCUUAUCGAAAGUCGUCACACAUGGUAGUCUGCGCAUAGGCUUCACACAUGGCCACACCAUCAUACCACCCGGCGAUGGCGACAGUCUGCUGAUAGCGGCGCGGCAGAUGGACGUCGAUGUCUUGCUAUGGGGCGGCACACACAAGUUCGAGGCGUAUGAGAUGGAGGGCAAGUUCUUUGUGAAUCCCGGGAGUGCGACAGGCGCCAUGAGCACGGGGUGGUGGACAGAGGACGAGGAUCCCACGCCGAGUUUUGUGUUGAUGGAUGUCCAAGGCGACGUCCUCGUACUCUACGUUUACCAACUACGCAAAGACGCCGAAGGCAACGAAAAUGUCGCAGUGGAGAAGGUGUCGUUCCGGAAAAACGGCGGCGGCGCAUCAUAGACCAAGGGUAUUACGAACCGCGGCUGUCGACGGCUCAAGAACGGAUGGACGCAUGAACAGAGCGGUUGUGCAAACACCUAGCAUGCGCGUGCAUGCGUUCACUUCAAGAAAUAGAAGCAGUACACAACAUAUCGCAAUGAACAUGGACCCCCUCUAGCAAUCCAGCCGAGCCAGUUGGCGUCGGACUUCAUUCCGCUGUAGUACCGCCUAUAUACCAAGGAUGUCGUGUAAUAAACCCCAUCAUGUACAUGUUGUCCGUUACGGCUAGACACUCCAUCUUAGUCUGCGCAGAUCCCAUAACGAUAAAAAAGACCCGCAAUCAUGCAUGAUGACU